AUGAACCCCUCAAAGAGAAGAAAGACCUCUCAUCCUCCGCAUCCCUCGGGGAAGGCGGUCCCCAAUGGCCGGAAGGAGAGAGAGCCCGUAGAUUCUGUGGACCAGUCCGAGUCCGACUCUGACGCUCAAUCCUCGACCGGGGAGGAACCGACGGCGGCUCAAAAUGCGCAGGCUGAAAACGGAACUGGAAACCCAAAAGCGAAGACAUUUAAGGAACUUGGCGUGGUAGAUUCCCUCUGCGAAGCAUGCGAGUCCCUAGGCUACAAAGAACCCACCCCGAUCCAAGCCAAAGCCAUCCCCCCAGCCCUCCAAGGCCGCGAUAUAAUCGGCCUCGCCGAGACCGGAAGCGGCAAGACCGCCGCCUUCGCCCUCCCCGUCCUGCAAGCCCUCCUCGACAAGCCGCAGCCCUACUUCUGCGUGGUCCUCGCCCCGACGCGCGAGCUCGCGGCUCAAAUAGGCCAAUCCUUCGAGGCCCUCGGCGCCCUCAUCUCGCUGCGCUGCGCCGUGAUCGUCGGCGGUCUGGAUAUGGUGCAGCAGGCCAUCGCGCUCGGCAGGAAACCCCAUGUAAUCGUCGCCACGCCGGGUCGUCUCGUCGACCAUCUGGAGAAGACGAAAGGGUUCUCGCUGCGCACGUUAAAGUAUCUCGUAUUGGAUGAGGCUGAUCGUCUGCUAGACAUGGACUUCGGUCCCAGCAUCGACAAGAUCCUCAAGUUCAUCCCGCGCGAGAGGCGCACGUUCCUCUUCUCCGCCACCAUGAGCUCCAAGGUCGAACACCUCCAACGCGCCAGCUUGAAGGACCCCAUGCGCAUCAGCGUCUCCAACAAUAAAUACCAGACCGUGGCCACCCUCCUCCAGCACUACAUCUUCAUCCCCUCCCUGCACAAGGACACCUACCUCGUGUCCCUGGUCAACGAGUUCGCGGGGCGCUCCAUCAUCAUCUUCACGCACACGGUGCGCGACGCGCAGCGCCUGGCCAUCAUGCUCCGCUCUCUCGGCUUCGGCGCCAUCCCACUGCACGGUCAGCUCUCACAAUCCGCGCGCAUGGGAGCCCUCAACAAGUUCAAGGAUAGAUCGAGGGACAUCCUCGUGGCCACCGACGUCGCCGCCCGCGGUUUGGAUAUCCCCAAGGUCGACAUCGUGCUCAACUACGAUCUGCCCCAGGACAGCAAGACGUACAUCCACCGCGUCGGUCGUACGGCUCGUGCGGGUAAAUCCGGUCGCGCCAUCAAUAUCGUCACGCAGUAUACCAUCGAGAUCCUCGUGAGGAUCGAGGCCGCGCUCGGCAAGAAGCUGGAGGAGUAUCCCACCGUCAAGGAGGAGGUCAUGGUCUUCAAGUCCAGAGUUGAGGAUGCUGAUAGGGAGGCGAAGCAGGAGCUGAGGGCGAUCGAGGAUAAGAGGCAGAGAUCGGGCAGGACCGGUAGGACGGGGCGCCCCGCUCGCGGGGCGAAGAGGAAUGUGGACGAUAUGGACAAGGAUGAGUAA